UACACUGCCAUUGGACUCUAGCUAGCUGCAAGUUGGCCGUGUCGUGUUCUUGUGGACCUGUGGCAGUGCUACUGCUACUGCCGUGUUGCUUGCAGCUAGCUGGGAGUAUAAGCGUGAGGAGUUUGCGCAAGCUAGCUGGGAUAGAAAUUAAGGGAAGCAGGCAUAUUCUAUUGCUGGGAGUAGAACUUGGGCGGCAUGGAUCAGCUUGACGAGCAAUCGUUCCUGGACGAGCUCAUGUCGCUGCGCCGGGAGGAGGCGCCGUCGCCGGCUCCGUGGCAGGCGUAUCCGGGCAGCGGCAUGAUGACGACGAGCGACCUCCUCUUCUACGGCGGCGAGGGCACCACCGAGGCGAGCAGCGGCAUGGACUUUGCCGGGCCGUUUCAGCAGCCCAUGGCGCCACCGCCGGCCACAUCUCCGCACCGGCCGCACGAGAAGUUCAACUUCGACUGCCUCAGCGAAGUAUGCAACCCUUACGGCAGCUGCGUCGGCGGCGUACCUAAGCCUGGGGUCGUCCACGCGGCUGGCCAGGCGUAUGCCCUCCAGGAUGCCAUGGCGCAGAACGGCACGAGUGGCGGCAAGCUGCAUCACGGUGGUGGCAGGUCGUCGUCGUCCCCGGCGCCGUUCGUGUUCGCAGGUGUCGCCGGGGAGAGCUCGGAGAUGACCAGGGGCGCCUUCUCCGGCGCCCACGCUAGAAGCAAGCUCAACGGUGGCACUACGUCCAAGAACCUCAUGGCGGAAAGGCGGCGCCGGAAGCGUCUCAACGACCGCCUCUCCAUGCUCCGCUCCAUCGUGCCCAAGAUUACCAAGAUGGAUAGGACCUCGAUCCUCGGGGACACCAUAGACUACGUGAAUGAGCUAACCGAGCGGAUCCAAACCCUCGAGGAGGAGAUCGGCGCCACGCCGGAGGAUCUGAACCUGCUGAACACCACGAAGAAUUUCUCCAGCGGUAGCAGUGAGGAGAUGCCGAUGAGGAAUUCCACCAAGUUUGUCAUCGAGAAGCAGGGCGACGGUGGAACGAGGAUCGACAUCUGCUGCGCCACAAGCCCCGGCGUGCUGAUCUCGACGGUGAGCGCGCUGGAGGUGUUGGGGCUGGAGAUCGAACAGUGCGUCGUCAGCUGCUUCGGCGACUUCGCCAUGCAGGCAUCCUGCUCACAAGAGGAAGGGAGGAGCCGUGUGACAAGAACCGACGAGAUCAAGCAGGCAUUGUUCACGAGUGCAGGCUAUGGAGGAAGGUGUCUGUAGUAGUAGUUGUAAUUUUGUAAUAUUCGUCUGUGAGUUCUCUGUUGAAUAGUAGUGGUUAUGUAAAAAAAAUUGAAUAGUAGUACUAUCUAAAGUUCAGCUGUUUGUGACCAGAUUGUAAUAGUUGGGUGUGUGUCCGUGAGUAUAAUGCAUGCAUGUAUGUAUCAUUGUAUGGAGUGGAGUAUUGGGAUUUGGCCGACAUGAAAAGAUACCAAUCUGUUGUUGCAUUUGGUUCGGCACUGUUA